CCCUUCCCCCAACCGAUGCUCCUUCACCGGCCUUACCAACUGUCGGCAAAUGAGUGUAUCCUCUCCACACAUAACGUCGUCACAAGUAUUCGUGUUUACGCCGGAAAAUUGUUGAUAAAAUACCUCAACUCUUCGACAAAUGGAAGAGCAAUGUCAAGAAGUAUUCUCGUAGAAGAUAGCACAUUUUUCGAAUUAUCUCCGGCCCUCGAACGAGUGGCAUUAUCAUUAAACAGUGAUGUGACCCAUCAUGAUCAGCUGAUUGCAUUGUCAACAGUGAUAAUGGGGGAAGUUGGAUACUACAUCAACGAUGACAAUGACCAACCCUUUGACCCUUCCAAGUGGAGAGCCUCUGGUGUCUAUGAGAUACCCAUGAGGAACAGACUCUCUGAGGACCUGGACGUCAAGCUGGAGGCGAUUCCUGUGGGUGAUGUGCUGAUUUUGAAUGUCUCGUCGGUUAAUAAGUCGGUGAAAACGAGGUCGAUGGCUGUGGAAACACUGGCAUUCGUUAAUCCGUACUCCAGCGACCUCGCUGGCAAGUUCCUGGACCUCAAGAGGCUCUCACACAGAUUUAAGGACACACUGACAACACCAAUAAAAAAUGAGAUCCUGAACGCAGCUGAAGUUACGAACCCAAGUCUCCUGGGUCUCCCCGUGGAGAUUCAACAAAAAAUUCUGUUCCUCCUCGACCCAAAAUCCGCCAGAAACCUCCAAUCCUGUAGCAAAAAGUUUCGAGAACUUUUCUGAAGUCGUAGGUCCUACAUUUUCACAUUUCCCACUCCACUGUCCUUACAACAGAAUUUAUUUAUAACGUGGAAUUUUCAGUGAAUAAUUCCAAGUCGAUGUUUAAGUUAUGAUAAACCAUGAGGGAAACUUUGUAAAAUAUUCUAUUAAUAUUGACAUUGUAUUCGAGUUUGAAUAAAUUUUUCUAAUGAAAAAUUCAA